AUGUCAUCAGCUAUACCGGACGCUAACAAGAAACUAUCCUAUGAUUGUUUGAAAUGUGUACUUCAAAAGUUAGAGGUGAAUUUUAGAUUUCGACUUGCCGAACGUCUUCCGAAAAUAAGUCUUGCCGAGAAAGCUGUUCCACUUUAUAUCUCUAAACUCUCAAUUUCUGAAGGGAGCGUCAAAAUAAACGACACCAAAUACCGUCUUGGUAUUAUUUGCAAACCCCGUGAGGGUCCCACUCCCGAAAUAAUCAAAGAGGAACAGCGAAGAGGUGGAUGUAAAUGCGAUUUCGAUAGGUUUGGAUUCGAGAAGCGCUCCCUUCCAGAACUAACUCCUGGGGAUAUUCUUAUUCGAGAUUACGAUCCUGCCGCAGACUUAGACAUGAAUCUUGAAUUGGCAGAGGCAAAUGUGGUGAGAGAUCAGAAAGUGCUAGCUGAUAUGGAAAGAGAGAGAAGGGAUCUUCAAUAUGGUCCAGAAGAGGUUGAAAAUCUCCCACAGUAUCCACUGGAAUUAGAACCAGAAGAGCUUGACAGAAGAAGAAGAAGAUUCCAGGGGGUUAGUCGAGAAGUGCGACUCCAAGCAAUCAAUGAAGAAAUUCGACAUAUGAAAAUGGCAUUGGAGAAGGACGAAUUAUAUGUGCUACGUUUUCAAUGUAAACGAGAUGACCGUCCAUUACCAUAUGACAUGUUCAUUCAGUUCACGAGGAAGUCUUCAGAUGGUACUGUCUACAUCGAACGUUUUAAACACGAUAGAACUUUGAGGGAGGCACAGAAGUAUCUGAUCAACAAAUUCCUUGGAAAUCGUCAAUUGGUUACGAAAAUCAGAUCGCUCGGCUUCUGGGCGCGUGAAAGUAACGGUCUAGUUAUUGGUCUUCCAGAAGGCAUCAAGUUUGAUGUUCAAGGGUUUGGAACUUCCGGAAACCUGUCAGAAGUUUUACAACGAGUCGAAACAAUUCUGGGGCAUCCAAACCGCCCGUUCACUCGUCUCGAGACGGAUGGCUUGAAAUUGGGAGACGGUAGAAAUCCGAAAGUUCGAGAUGCUGGAGUUUUGGUGUUGGUCAACAACUGGGAAGUCGAUGUUAUGGCAUUGUGUCGUGAAGUACCGAAUAAGAAAUUUGUGAUCUCCAUUGGCUACGUGAUACAGCCAGGAGAAUAUGCAAUGAUUGUAGAGAACUUGAUCAACGCAAAGGGGACACUCGGGACAUGUUAUGAAUUCAACCAAGUGAGAUGGUAUGAUACAGAGGGAGAUCCGAUGAGAGCUAUUGCUGCUCGCUUCGAGAAUGCUGCUGUAGAGGAGAGCCUCAUCAUCAUUCCACUCCCCCAUCAACUGCAACUUAAAGUUACCUGCGAACAAGAUCAGAAUUCAAGAAUUCCUCCGUACACAAUCAAAAUGGAAGUGGUUCAAAGUCAUUUUUAA